UUCAAAAAAAGAUGAAAAGUAAUAUCUAUAUAAUAUUAUUAAUUAAUUAGUUUAUUCAACAACAUUACAUAGUACACAUGUACACGUACUAUAUUGAAUUGGCUUUUGUUCACCAUAGUCAACUCUCAUUCUCAUCAUUCAUCAAGUCUUUUAUUUUCCACACACUAUAUAUAUAAUCCAAUUUCCUCAUAUAGUUGUAACACAUAUAUCCAUUAUCAAAAUGGAGCUCAAUUUCUUGAUCAUAACAUUAAUUUCUCUCUCCUCCACCUUCCACCUCCCCUCCGCCGCCGUCAAACCCCCCUCCGGCGACAUGAAUUGGUGGUGCAACCAAACCCCCUACCCCGAACCAUGCAAACACUUCAUGAGCCAAAAUAACAACAAUCCACGCAAAUAUUUCUCACCCCAAAAAAAAUCCGAUUUUCGAAAAAUGGCCAUUCAAUUAGCCCUAGAGCGCGCUACUUGUGCCGUGGGCAACACGAAAGCCCUCGGCGCCAAGUGUAGGAAUGAGCGAGAGCGGGCCGCCUGGUCCGACUGCGUGAAACUGUACGAGUCCACAAUCGAGCAACUCAACAAGACCGUGGACCCCACCAUAAAUUGCACCGAUUUCGACUCGCAGACGUGGCUGAGCACCGCCUUGACCAACAUCGAGACUUGCCGUACCGGGUUCUUGGAGCUCAACGUCACGGAUUUCGUGUUCCCGUUGAUCUCGAACAACAACGUCUCGAAAUUGAUAUGCAACACUCUGGCGCUCGGAGAUAGUGGUAACGAGACGAAUCACGAGACUAAGGGUUACUAUAACAAGGCUGGUUUUCCGACGUGGUUUUCUAAGGGUAACCGGAGGUUGUUGCAGACGACGGUUAGUGCGGACGUGGUGGUGGCGCAGGAUGGUUCAGGGGAUAAUAGGACUAUUAAGGCGGCACUUGAUGUGGCGGCAAGGAGGAGCAGCACCGCCGGGAGGUUUGUUAUACUUGUGAAGAGAGGUGUUUAUAGUGAGAACAUAGAAAUUGCUGGGAGUAAGAUGAAGAAUAUUAUGAUUGUCGGUGACGGUAUCGAUAAUACUAUUAUUACUGGCAACCGAAGCGUCGGAGGCGGUUCCACCACCUUCGAAUCAGCCACCGUUAUUGUGACGGCGGAGGGAUUCAUCGCCCGGGGCAUAACCAUCCGCAACACCGCCGGACCAGAAAACCACCAGGCGGUGGCGCUCCGCUCCGGCGCCGACCUCUCCGUGUUCUACCGCUGCAGCUUCGAAGCGUACCAGGACACACUCUACGUACACUCCCAACGCCAAUUCUACAAAGAAUGCGAUAUCUACGGCACAAUCGACUUCAUCUUCGGCAACGCCGCCGCCGUUUUACAGGACUGCAAGAUCUACGCACGCCGCCCUAUGGUCAAGCAGAAGAACGUGGUCACCGCCCAGGGCCGAACCGACCCGAACCAGAACACCGGGAUCUCGAUCCACAAUUCCCGGGUCAUGGCUUCUCCGGAUCUGGUACCCGUUCUCGGGUCGUUCAGAUCCUUUUUGGGCCGGCCGUGGAAGCUGUACUCGAGGACGGUUUAUAUGCAGACGUAUAUCGAUUCGCUGAUAGAUCCGGUCGGGUGGUUGGAGUGGGACGGCAGUUUUGCUCUGGACACGCUGUAUUACGGUGAGUACAGGAAUUCGGGUCCGGGUUCAAAUACUACCCGGCGGGUUAAUUGGAGCGGGUACCGGGUUAUAACAAAUGCGUCGGAGGCGAGUACGUUCACGGUUGCGAACUUCAUUGCCGGGCAGUCGUGGCUGCCUGCCACCGGUGUCCCCUUCACUGCUGGCCUUUGAGUUUAUUAUUCUCUGUGAAUUAUUUUUUUAUUUUUCCAAUUCUUUUGGUUCGUUAUUUUUUCUGUAUAAUAAUUGAAUUCUCUGA